AAUUGGAGAUUCCCUCGUUAUCGUUCCCACUCAGCUUCCUCUCGGCGUUACCCUCUCCUCCGUAGUCGUCCUCGCGUUCGCGACCCUGCAUCGUCGUCGAUCGGUUUCGUCUUUGCCACGCGUAAUCCGUGGUAACUGGUGACGCGUGUCUGGCGAAGGGCAGCCGGUCAGCCAAGUCGGAUAGAGCGCAUUUAACGAAAUUGCUCUUUGCCUGCCCCUCCGUUGUUUACCCGUCCGAUUCGUUUACCUUCUCUCGCGUGUCGCUUCUUUCCCGUCUCCGCCCCCGCCCUUAAACCCCAUCGAUUUCCGCUUUUCCCGAUGCGCUCGAAAUGCCGCGGAAUCGGCCACUCCCUCGAGCCAGCUCGACCUCCUCCAGCCGAAACGAAGAUUCCCUGUCUCGACGGGACAUGAUACGAACCUAUCUCGCGAGCUUCCUCGCCUUCGGUUUGUCCGUCAGACGACCGAGCGUCGGAGACGGACGCGGCAUCGCUUACGCGAAUAUCACCGGCGACUUCCUCUUGGGAGGUCUGUUUCCGAUUCAUCGGAGGGGGACCGGAGGCGAGAGCUGCGGCGAGAUUCAAACGGAGGACGGUGUUCAACCGUUGGAAGCUAUGCUCUACACGGUGAACAGGGUCAACGAGAACCCCAAGAUUCUUCCCGGUAUAAAACUAGGCGUCCUGGCUUUCGACACCUGCGACAAUCCCAGUCACGCCUUGGAGCAAGCCUUCUACUUCGUCAAAGGCUUCAUAGCGAGAAGCGAGGAGUUUGGGCGAAGAGGAGGAGAGUACCAGUGCGAGGAUCGCAGCGCGCCCAAGUUCCUCGACGGUGGAUUCGACCGAGUGAUAGCGAUACUCGGUGCUCAGUCGAGUUCGGUCACCAUUCAGAUAGCCUCGGUGCUGGCGUUGUUUCCGGUCCCGCAGAUCUCUUACAUGGCUACAUCGCCGUUCCUCAGUAGCAAGGAGAGGUUUCCGCACUUCUUCCGCACGGUUCCCAAUGACGUGAACCAAGCACGCGCCAUGUUGGAGAUUCUUAGGCAAUUCGAAUGGUCAUACGUGUCCGUCGUCUAUUCGGACUCGGAGUACGGGGAUCAUGGAUACGAGACGUUGGUCUCUUUGGCCGGCGAGUACUCUAUAUGCUUCAGCGCUCCGCAGCGCAUCAGCCAGGACCGAUUCACGAUCGACGAUUACGACAACGUGGUCCGGACGAUCGCCGAGAAGACGGAAGUCCGAGUGGUGGUGCUGUUCGCGGAGAAGUCGACGACGUUGCGCGUGUUGGAAGCGGCACGACGCGUAGGGGUCGGAUCGCGAUUCGUGUGGCUGGGCAGCGACUCCUGGCCGGACGGGCGUCGGGGCAUGGAGAGCCAGGAGAUUGCGGUACUCGAAGGGGCGCUCGCGGUUCAGCCACUCUACACUCCACUCGCAGGUUUCGACGAGUACUUCACCGGUCUUAAGCUCGAUCACGAGCGGAUCGAUCCUUGGUUCAGGGAAUUUUGGAAAAAGUAUCACGACUGCGAAGAUGAUACUCCGCCGACGAGGAAACGGGCACGCGUUCGUUGCGAGGAUCCGCGACUGAAGAUCGGCCGAAGCACCGGAUACAAGCAGCGACGAUUUCUGCACUUCGUUCGAGACGCGGUGUACGCGGCGGCUUAUGCUCUCCGCGACAUGCACAAAGAUGCCUGCGGAGAGGGUUUCCUCGGGGUCUGCGAGGAGAUGUUACCGAUAAACGAGCGACUCUUCUCUCGUUACCUGGCGCAGGUUUCUUUCAAAGACGAAGCGGGAAACGGAUUCGGUUUCGUGGACGAGGUGGACGGUCCUCCGAGGUACUCUAUCCUGAAUUAUCAGCGCAAGGGGAACGGCUCGUAUCAUUGGGUGGUGGUCGGCAAUUACACGCAAAACGAGGAAGGACAAUCGGUGCUGCGAUUGGACCGCGAGAACCUCCGCUUCCGGGGCGACAGUCACGCCGCUUUUCCCUCCUCCUCGUGUUCUCGUCCUUGCGGCUCGAAUCGCAUCAUGGUCAGGGUGAAGGAGGAUCCUUGCUGCUGGAGGUGUCAGAGCUGCGGUCUCUACCGGUACAAGGUAGACGAACAGAGAUGCGAGGAGUGCGAAUGGGGGAGUCGACCGACCGUUAAUGGGACCAGCUGCGAACCGAUUCCCGAACAGUUCGUCGAUUAUUCGAACCCCUGGGCCAUCGUCGCGACGGCGGUGGCCGUCUCGGGUAUCGCGUUGACCUCGUUCGUCUGUUCGGUGUUCUGGAAAUACAGAGAUACACCUAUGAUCAAGGCAUCCGGUCGAGAGUUGUCUUUUCUAUUAUUACUCGGUACCUUUGGCUGCUUCUCGAUGACUUUUGCUGUCGUCGCGAAACCAAGCGUUCAUAGCUGCGCAGUCGUCCGCUUCGGGAUCGGUUUUUGCUACACGAUCUGCUACGCUGCCCUCGCCACCAAGAUCAACAGGAUCCACAGGAUAUUCAACGACCCUGCGCGUAGUCCUCGCAAACGACGGUACACUAGUCCGAGAUCGCAGCUGGCGAUCGCCUCGAUCCUCGGUCUGGUCGAGGUCGCAUUCGACGCGAGUUGGCUGCUGAAGGAACCCCCGGCAGUAACGCACUCGUACCCGAGUAGAGAGGCAAACGUCCGGGUUUGUAAGGGUUCCGAAGACGGUUCGUACGUGAUCGGUUUGCUGUAUCCCUUCGUUCUUACCGUCGCGUCUACCAUCUACGCGAUCAAGACGAGAAAGUGUCCCGAGGGAUUCAACGAGACCCGUCGCAUAGCAUUCGCCAACUACGCGACGAUAAUUCUAUGGCUGGCAUUCGUGCCUCUGUAUCUCGCCUCCACCAGCAACGUCGUAAAAGUGAUCACCCUGGCGCUCUCUCUGUCUCUGAACGGUAUGGUGCAGCUGCUAUGUCUGUUCCUGCCGAAAAUUUACGUGGUGCUGAUCAGACCCGAGAAGAACACCAGGGAGCUGGUGAUGGCUAGACACGCCGGUUCUUCGCAUCCGACCGCACCGGCUACGCCGAUAGCACCCAUCGCUCCUCUGCGCCCGGUCACCCCGGAAGCCGCCUCCCCUUCCCCUUCGCUCGUCCCUCGAGAACCCGUCUAACG